GCACUGCGAAAUAAUAUUCAUUUGCGAGGACGCCAAACAUGCCUCCCUCGUCUGCCAGUGCCGAUCCUCUUCUAACAUCCCUCUGCGCCAUCUGCCACAUCCAACCCCCAAAGUACAAAUGCCCAGCCUGCGCCCUCCGAACAUGCUCCCUGGCAUGCAGCCGCAAGCACAAAGCCUGGUCCUCCUGCUCGGGCGUUCGCGAUCCCACCGCCUACAUCCCUCCUUCGAAGCUCAAAACCCCGGCCGGAAUUGAUCACGACUACAACUUCCUCUCCGCCAUCGAACGCGCCCGCCAGCGAUCUGAACGCGAAAUCGUCGAGGAGCGCCACCUAUUGACCGAAAACCAACUGCGUUCCGUCGACGCGCAAACUGUGAAAUGGCGCCGCGGCAAGGACGGCGUGAAACGAAAAGUGCUCGUCGCUCGACCCCAGCGCGGAUCAGGACCCGCAGGCGGGAGGCCCGAACUGUCGAAGCAGAUGCAGAAGAGGCUGGCGACGUUCGGUAUCGACGUCCGUAGGGUGCCGUUGGGAAUGACCAGACAAAAGGAGAACGGGACCCAUGUCCACAAGGCAUCGGGCCGAAUCAACUGGCAGGUCGAAUGGCUGUUGUUCGAGAGCGCCGCCGAUACUGCACACGACGUCCAGGAACCCAAGUGGAACAAGACCCGAAUCAUGAACAAGGUCAUGGACGACUGCCCUUUGUAUGUGGCGUUCGCUCAAGCUCAAGCUGUCCAGAUGAAUAGACUCCGCAAAGAAAGUCAACAGACGCGAGACAUGACUGGAGCUUCCUCGAACCACCCGCCCUCGUCAAGAACACGCCACAAGCCUCCAUCAGGCAACCCGGUCGAUGUUUCGCAGGACCCUGUGACUGGCAGCUGGUCUGCGGGGUAUCAUUCCUUCCAACCUUAUCCGGACACCGCCUGGAAAUCACGCUCAGGAAACGCGCCCUUCACUGGCGUGAAAGUUGUUGAAACGGCCGAAGUAUCCAAGUUCAAGUUUUAUCUGCCGUCGGGUUUACCCCCUGCAACUCAACAUAACAAAACCGUCGCCCAUCCAGUGGACCCCACCGUCACCCUCGCAGAAGCCCUUCGCGAUACGACCGUCGUCGAAUUUCCAACCCUAUACGUUCUCCCAAGUUCCCAGACACUGCCCCCUACCUACUUCGCCUGCCCCAAAUCGUCUCGGCGGAACCAGGCGGGAAACGAGACGAACCAACGAGGACGAAAUGAUGGGGUUCUACAAGCGAACCGCAAAAGGUCACACCAUGCCCUCGAGGAGGGUGAGGUAGCAAGCGACGAUGACGACGAAGAAACGGGACCGAGUGGAAGCUUAAGCAGUGAAGAAGACGCCGAUAUCCUGGUAGAGGAAAUCCUUGGAGAAGAGGACGACGACGACGAGGAGGAGGAGGAGGGUGAUAAUGAUGAUACGACGAGCAGCUCUGGCUCCGACAUUAGCAGCGAUGAAAGCGAGACCUCCGCCGCGACUUGA